AAUGUUUUUGGUUAAUUUUUGUUGACAUAUUGAUCGCCUAAGUGGUAAAAUCUUUGUAAUGAAACUAUGUAAUACAAAUAAAAUCAAUAAUGGGUGCUAUCGGUAGUAAAGAUACACGGCGCAUUAGUUUUGAUAAUACGUUCGCCUUUAAUACAGCAUUGGCAGUGCAAACAUCUAUGCAAGAUGAACAUGAUGUUUUAGACAUAGAUAGCAUAGCUGUAGUCACUGAAACGAAAGACGAACUACGUUUUCCAGAUAACAACAAAUGCUUGGAUUUAGAGAGGCAAGACUGCGAAACCGACUACUGGGGUAACAGAAUCGACUAUUUGAAAAAGGAACAUCGAGUAAUUAACAAGAUUAUUGAAUCUGAAUAUGAAAAAACAUUACAAAAUACUGGUAAACUACUUGAGCCCAGCAGGUUAACACAGGAAGGCGUGGAUAAAAUGAAAUCGUGCUUUGAUUUGCGUAACAAAACACCUAACGUUAUUGGAUCUUGA